UUAACACUUUUGGUUGAAAAUUCAUCUCGCUCAAGACAUUUUCCGGCAAUUGCAGAUUAAAUACGUGAAAAAGUCAUUUCGUAGCAUCAGAAAUCCACAAUGUCCUACCAAAACAAAUUCACGUAUGCGACUCUCCCACGCACGCAACGCGGUACCCCCAUCGUGCUCGGCGGCGAUCCAAAAGGCAAGAAUUUCUUGUAUUGCAACGGAAAUUCCGUCAUUAUCCGCAACAUCGAUAAUCCCGCGAUAUCCGAUGUCUACACGGAACAUUCGUGCGCCGUCAAUGUUGCCAAGUACUCGCCAUCGGGCUUUUACAUCGCUUCGGGCGAUCAAUCGGGCAAAGUUCGCAUCUGGGACACCGUCAACAAGGAGCACAUCUUGAAAAAUGAGUUUCAACCGAUCGGAGGACCCAUCAAGGAUAUCGCUUGGUCCGCCGACAGUCAACGUAUGGUCAUUGUCGGUGAAGGGCGCGAGCGUUUCGGACAUGUUUUCAUGACGGAAACCGGAACUUCUGUCGGCGAAAUUAGCGGACAAUCAAAACCGAUUAAUUCCUGCGAUUUUCGUCCUGUGAGACCUUUCAGAAUUGUCACCGGAAGCGAAGAUAAUACAAUCGGAGUCUUUGAGGGACCUCCAUUCAAGUUCAAAUGCACGAAACAAGAGCAUACAAGAUUCGUGCAAGCUGUUCGUUACUCUCCGAAUGGCGCUUUCUUCGCAUCUGCCGGCUUCGAUGGGCACGUUUACUUGUAUGACGGCGCUACAUCUGAGCUAGUUGGCGAAAUUGGAAGUCCUGCACACAAAGGAGGCGUUUAUGCUGUCGCAUGGAAGCCAGAUAGCACCCAAUUAUUGACUUGUUCGGGCGAUAAGACGUGCAAAUUGUGGGAUGUAGCAACGAAGGAGCUCGUAACCGAAUUUCCGAUGGGCAAUACCGUCGACGAUCAACAAGUUUCUUGUUUGUGGCAAGGCGAACAUUUGCUUACCGUGUCACUCAGUGGUUAUAUCACGUAUUUGGAUGUCAAUAACCCGACAAAACCCUUACGUGUCAUCAAGGGACACAAUAAACCCAUCACGGCAUUGGCUUUGAGCGAGGAUCACAGCACAAUUUACACCGCAAGUCACGAUGGCGCUGUCACCAAUUGGAAUUCCGGUAAUGGAACGAAUAAUCGUGUUGCUGGAAAUGGUCACGGAAAUCAAGUGAACUGCAUUCGGGCACACGGAGACUUUGUCUAUACAUGCGGCAUUGACGACAGUGUCAAGCAAAUUAGUGUUGAAGGCAAUACUUAUACGGGAGUUGAUACAAAAUUGAAUUGUCAACCGCGUGGCAUGGAUAUUUUCCGCGAAAAGAACAUCCAAGUUGUUGGUUGCGUCAAAGAUAUUUGCGUGUUGCAGGACAAUCGUAAAGUCAGCGCCUUGCCAAUUGCGUAUGAAUCGAGCUCCGUGUCCGUUAAUACGGAUACGAUGGAUGUCGCUGUUGGCGGAGACGACAAUAAAAUUCAUAUUUACACGUUGAAUGGCACAACGUUGGAGCCUAAGACGGAAAUUGAGCAUUUGGGAGCGAUUACUGAUUGCGCCUAUUCGCCCGAUAAGAAAUAUCUCGUUGCAUCCGACUCCAACAGGAAAGUCAUUUUGUAUGAUGCUACCGAGUAUAAGCCUGCUCAUAAUAAGGAAUGGGGCUUCCAUAAUGCUCGUGUCAAUUGUGUUGCAUGGUCACCAAAUUCACUUCUCGUCGCUUCCGGAUCUCUCGAUACUACCAUCAUUAUUUGGUCGGUUUCUAAUCCAGCCAAGCAUACAAUCAUCAAAAACGCUCACCCGCAAUCGCAAAUCACAAAAUUGGUUUGGCUCGACAACGAACACGUCAUAUCAACCGGUCAGGAUUGCAACACAAAAGUUUGGGAAGUCACCGAUGUCUGUUAAAUCGUAUUUUUUUUUGUCACGUGUUGAGCCACCUCACGAACAAAUUUUCUUCGAAAGUCUCUUCUGCCAAAGGAUCUUUCUUCCUACUUAAUUAAAUAUUUGUACUUUUUUUAGUCAGUCACUCUCUUUGUUUGUCAAUUUUUUGUUUUUAAUUUUUUUUUUCGUACUAAUAAAUAAUCGAGGACGCAUUUAAUCCCGCACACACGAACGCAAGUCGUCGUGAAACUAUGUGAGUGAACCAACUAACGAACGCUGCUUUCCUAACAAACAAACAAAAAAAAAAGAAAUGAAGAAAACUUAUUCAGGUAUUAAACAAAUAUUUGUAUCAAUUAUAUUAAAUAUUAAAUAAAAAAGGCGUACUUUGUACGUGAGAAUCAAUUUUUGUAUCAAGAAACAAAAUAAAAAAAAAAAUAAAUUAUUGUA